ACUCUCCAGGCAUCAAGAUGUUCUUUACCUGUGGCCCCAACGAAGCCAUGGUUGUCUCAGGUUUCUGCCGCAGCCCCCCAGUGAUGAUUGCUGGAGGCCGGGUGUUUGUGAUUCCGUGUGUACAACAGAUCCAGAGGAUCUCACUUAAUACUCUGACCCUGAAUGUGAAGAGUGAGAAAGUUUACACCCGGCAUGGAGUCCCCAUUUCAGUCACUGGCAUUGCACAGGUGAAGAUCCAGGGUCAAAACAAGGAGAUGCUGGCAGCAGCUUGCCAGAUGUUCCUGGGCAAAUCUGAAUCAGAAAUUGCCCAAAUUGCUCUGGAGACACUGGAAGGACAUCAGAGAGCCAUCAUGGCCCAUAUGACAGUAGAGGAAAUCUACAAGGACCGGCAGAAGUUUUCAGAGCAGGUCUUCAAAGUGGCCUCGUCUGACCUGGUCAACAUGGGGAUCAGUGUGGUCAGUUACACCCUCAAGGAUAUCCAUGAUGACCAGGAUUAUCUUCAUUCUCUGGGAAAAGCCCGAACCGCUCAGGUACAGAAAGAUGCCAGGAUUGGAGAAGCUGAAGCCAAGAGGGAUGCUGGCAUCAAGGAAGCAAAAGCCAAACAAGAGAAAUUGUCUGCUCAGUACCUGAAUGAUAUUGAGAUGGCCAAAGCCCAGCGGGAUUACGAGCUGAAGAAGGCUGCUUAUGACAUCGAGGUGAACACGCGGAAAGCAGAAUCUGACUUGGCCUAUCAGCUCCAGGUGGCCAAGACCAAGCAGAAAAUCGAAGAGCAAAAGAUGCAGGUAUUGGUGGUGGAGCGAGCCCAGCAGAUUCAGAUCCAGGAGCAGGAGAUGACCCGGAAGGAACGUGAGCUGGAGGCCAAGGUCAAGAAACCGGCUGAAGCAGAGCGUUACCGGUUGGAGAAAUUAGCUGAGGCUGAAAGGACACAGCUCAUCAUGCAGGCGGAGGCAGAGGCGGAGGCAAUCAGGGUGAAGGGUGAGGCUCAGGCGUUCGCAAUCGAGGCCAAGGCCCGGGCUGAUGCUGAGCAGAUGUCUAAGAAGGCAGAAGCUUUUAGGCAGUACCAAGAGGUAGCCAUGGUGGACAUGCUUUUGGAGAAACUUCCAGAGAUGGCUGAAGAGAUCACCAAACCGUUAACUUCCGUGAAUAAAAUCACCAUGGUGUCAAGCGGGAACGGGGAUGUGGGUGCAGCGAAGAUGACUGGGGAAGUGCUGGAAAUCAUGAAUAAGCUGCCUGACACUGUUGAGAAACUGACCGGUGUUAGCAUCUCUCAGCAGAUAAAUCAGAAGAAACCAGGACGGAUGAACUGACAGCUCAGAAGGACAAGGGAAAGUCUUCUUGAGCGUGAACACCCAUGAUCCUCAUCAGUAUGGGUCCAUAUAUAGAGUUCUUCCCAUUCAGUGCCCUCUUGUGAAUGCCAAACCUUUAUUAUGGACAAAACUUGCAUGUUGAUCAGUAUCCAAAACUGCUGAGGUCUUGUCACUCUGCUAUACAACUGUGAUAGCUGGUGAUGCCGCAAUGUGAAUCUGGCAGUAUAUUGACUUCCGCCAUCACUUGUAAAACAGGAUCCCAUUGCUCCUUUCCUUGAUGUUGUUUUGCUGCCUGGGGUCAGCUGGGCACUGGAUACUUCUUCCCCAAAGUAAUCUCUCCUUGAGGAUCUGAUGAUGGCUCUGCUUCUAAAACAGCUGGGAGGGAUGUAGGAAUGGAGUAAGGAUGAAGGUUGAGUCCAAGACCUGUUUUUAAGGCUGGCUGGCUGGCUGCUUUGCUUCUAACAGGCUGAGGUUAUUUAGGAUUUUAUUCAGUAGUUUCCAUAAAGAAUUGUCACCUAUGUACAGGGAGGGACUCAGUUUUGCAGUCCUUAUUCAACCUAAUGAUAUGUAGGGAUCCUAGUUCUGUAUAGCUAACGCUUCCAGCUUGCAUCUUCUCUAGUUGUGCCAUAGUGUUUGGUGCUACAUAUAGCUAAGAUUACUCAUCUUAGCAGAUUUCUUCCUCUUUGGCGUUUGCCUUUUUCUCCUGCCCUCUCCCCACCCCCACUCCCCCAGUUCUUAAUCUCACUUUUUGGGGGAGCAUGCGUCCAUCACAGCUUUCCUGUGUUAAAUCACAAAGGUCUCCCUACCAAAGAGACAGUCCACGUGGUCCAGAGGCAGGAGACCCCUACAGGAUGAAUGUUCCGGUGGGCAUGUCUCCUGCAUGCAUGUUCACCUCCUCUUAGAAUCAGCAUCUGAAUGUGCCUUAUAUCUGUUUUAACUGAUGGAGCAAUCAUACGUCGUCAUUUCCCUGGAAGGGAAAAUAUGAAGAGUCCUCUCUUUCACUGCCUAGUUGUUACCUCUUCUCCAAAUUUUGAACUCUCCCCGAAACCUUUCAGUUCUGUCCUCUGAUUGCUGAUGCUCUCAUCUUUGCUCAUUGUCCCAAACUAUGACAGGGACCAUCUGCUCACAUCCUCAUGCAGCACACUUGGUCAGAUUGUAGCCCUUCUGCAAUGGCUUAAAUGUCACCCUUUCAGUGCUUCUGAAUUCACAUAUGUCGGGUUUUGUCUGCUUGUUGCGUGUUGUGGCCUCAGCAUGGUGCCUUUCCUAUGUUCUACUAAAGAGAAGGACAUACUCUGCUUUUCUUGAUGCUACUGAGAUCCUUGACCUAGAAUAAACUCCAAGAUUACUGCC